UGGCCCUCUGGCUCCUCAUUCUCUGCCAGCUCCAUGGCCAGCCCUGCGGAUGCACCCGCAACAGGCCAUACCAGUGGGUUGGGUUCCCACCGGAGAAAGCGGACCACCUUCAGUAGGGGGCAGCUGCUGGAACUGGAGCGGGUGUUUGCAGCAUGGCCCUACCCUGACAUCAGCAUGCGUGAGCACCUGGCUCGGGUCACCUGCCUUCCUGAGGCCAAGAUACAGGUGUGGUUCCAGAAUCGCCGGGCCAAGAGAAUCAAGAACAGGAAGGCAGGAGGCCUAAGCCCCAGGCCUGAGCACACCCAGAGAGCCCGUCCUCUUCCAGACACCCUCCAGCAGGCCCGGGAGCCCCGAACAUUAGUCCAGCUUCCACCUUCCAACAGCACACCUCAGUGUGCCUCAAUGGGUCGACAUGCUUCCUGCCCAGCUCCUGGUUUGGGUCCAGGACAGGGGUGGACAGGGGCUAAAGCUGUAGCCCCAUGGGGACCAGCUGGGGCUUCAGGGGUCCACCUUUCUUCAGAGCGAGCCACUCCCCAGACCUCACUGGGCAGCUUAUCUGACCUCAUCUAUACCUCUGCCAUUGUCACCAACCUGGACCACUCCUAA